ACAUCAAUACUAAGACCGUCACAACAACGGUACUAAGACCGUCACUGCUCUAUAACCCAACAUAAACAUCAACACAAGAUGCUACAGCAGCUGGUAUAUUAUCUUCCUCAAGAUACAAUAUUUACUCGUAUUAAAUGUUUGCCGACAUUGAAUGUCCUCAAAAGAACAUUUAUCCUCUAUACUGGUCAACAGUACAAGAUGAAAGACCUUUCACAGCCUUUCGCGUCCGGCUAUAAGCCAAGUGAAGUGGAGCAAGGUUGGUAUCCAUGGUGGGAAAGUAGAGGAUUCUUUCGGAAACAUGGAGCGUCCAAGAAAUUUGUCAUGGUUCUGCCACCCCCGAACAUUACUGGGCAUCUUCACUUGGGUCAUGCUCUCACCUGUGCUGUGCAGGAUGCCAUUGCCAGAUGGCACCAGCUACAGGGAGAUGAGGUGGUGUGGGUGCCAGGCUGCGAUCAUGCAGGCAUCGCCACUCAGGCUGUUGUUGAACGCUACCUGUGGGCCACGCAGGGUGUCACCAAACACCAGCUGGGCAGAGAGAGAUUUGUUAACGAAGUGUGGAAAUGGAAAGAGGAGAAGGGAACUGUGAUACUUGACCAACUCAAACGACUAGGCGCUUCCCUUGAUUGGGACAAAUUUGUGUUUACUAUGGACAAACACAUGAGUGAAGCUGUUACUGCCGCUUUCAUCCAGCUCUAUGACUCGGGACUACUUUAUAGAAAAAAGUCUUUAGUCAACUGGUGCUGUAGUUUGCAGUCAGCAAUCUCCGAUAUUGAAGUCGAUCACGUAUAUCUGACUGGACCAACUGAGCUUAAUAUUCCUGGAUACGAAAAGCCUGUAACAUUUGGAAUGAUGUAUGAUUUUGCAUACAGAGUUAAUAAUUCUGAUGAGGAGCUGGUGGUGAGCACAACACGACCCGAGACCAUGCUGGGGGACACAGCAGUGAUGGUUCAUCCCGAGGAUGAGCGCUACAGUCAUCUCCAUGGCAAAUGUGUCUUCCAUCCCUUCCGAAAAGACGUCAUCCCUGUGAUUACUGAUGCCGUGGUUGAUCCCCAGUUCGGCACAGGUGUGGUGAAGGUGACGCCUGGACACAGCCAAGAAGAUUUUGAUGUGGGUCAGAGACACAACCUCCAGCAACUCACUGUUUUUGAUGAAAAGGGAAAAUUAACAGAUAUAGUGCCAGAAUUUAAGAACCUGCCAAGAUUUGCAGCGCGCCAAGCUGUGAUAGAAGCAUUAACCGAGAUGAGACUAUAUCAUGGCUCUAAGCCCCACCCCAUGAUGGUGCCACGCUGCAGUCGAACCCACGAUAUUAUCGAGCCUUUGCUGAAGCCUCAGUGGUUCAUUAGGUGCAGUGAUAUGGCUGCUAAAGCUAUUGAUGUUGUUCAAAAAGGUGAGCUACAUAUCUAUCCUGAAACUUACAAGAAAACGUGGAAUGAAUGGUUGGAGAACGAUAUUGACUGGUGUGUUUCUCGGCAACUUUGGUGGGGCCACCAAAUUCCUGCUUACUGUGUGACCUCGGAAGACGGGGAGUUUUGGGUUGCUGCACGAUCCAGAGAUGAUGCAAAAAGCAAAGUUGCUGAGAAAGAAGGUAUCUCUGAGUCGAGCAUUGUAUCAGUGUGUCAAGAUGAGGAUGUACUGGACACGUGGUUCUCCUCAGCGCUGUUUCCCUUUGCUGCCUUCGGAUGGCCUAGACAUACAGAUUGCUUGGAGCAUUUGUAUCCCACCACCCUCCUUGAAACUGGUCAUGAUAUCCUGUUCUUCUGGGUGGCUCGGAUGGUUAUGUUGGGACUUCACCUCACACAGGAGCUGCCGUUUAAGGGUGUUUUACUUCAUGGUUUACUGUGUGACGCCCAAGGCCACAAGAUGUCAAAAUCACGAGGGAAUGUUAUUGAUCCCAUUGAUGUUAUCGAGGGCGCUUCACUAAAGGUACUUAAAGACAGAAUUACAUCAAGUGGAAAGAACGGGACACUGUCGAGCGAGGAGACAUCUCAGGCAUUGCAAAAACAGACAUCAAAUUUUCCAAACGGCAUUCCUGAGUGUGGUGCUGACGCUCUCAGGUUUACCCUCUGCUCCUACAAUUUUAAAAAUAAACUUCUAAGUGUUGAUGUUAAUAGUAUAGAACAAAACAAGUUUCUGGGCAACAAAAUCUGGCAGACUGUCCGCUUCCUGUUAGCCUCGAUGGAGAAAGUGCCAAAUGGCAUUGAAUGUGCUUCACGCGUGAACAUAACGCAAAGGAGUGCUGAUCUUAGUACGAUGGACAAGUGGAUUAUGAGUCAUUUGGCACAAUUAGUGCACAAUGCCAAUCAAAAUUUUGUCACCUAUGACCUUCAUCACAUCACGUUGGGCUUUGUUACCUUCUGGCAGAAUCAUUUGUGUGACACUUAUCUGGAAAGCAUCAAACCAGUUUUAAAUGAGGGCUCGUGUGAAGCCAGAUCAUCAGCACUAUCGACACUGUGGACGUGUGUGGAUGUCGGACUACACAUCCUCUCCCCCUUCAUGCCUUUUUUAACCGAGGAACUCUACCAGAGACUUCCAAGAUAUGCUAAAAAGUGUGAGAGCAUCAUGCAGUGUGAUCAUCCCAAGACAGAAGAGUUUAUGUGUUGGAAUGACCAGGAGCUGGAAGAGUCGGUGAAUCAUUUACUGCUGGUGGCUGCAGCAUUCCGUGCUAUAAAGGCGACCUAUAACAUCACACACAGCAGAGUACAUGGUAGUUUUGUAUGCUUAAAUUCCCAUCUGAAUACUGUGUUGGUCGAAAACUUGGAAGUGGUGAAGAAACUGGGUCGCAUUGCAUCGUUGACUGCGAUAGAUAAGAACACAUCGCCCCCCACCUCAUCGUCAGCAUCGACAACCUGUGACUCUACGAUUGUUUAUCUUCAUCUCAAGGGUGUGAUCGAUCCAAAGCAGGAACUUGUACGCUUGAGGAAGAAGAUGAGCAAGGUUCAGAAAGAGGAAACUAAAAUCACAAGCAUCAUUACAGCUCCUGGUUAUAUCGAGAGGUCGCCAGCACACAUUCAAGAUACUCAUCAGAGAAAGCUAGCCUCAUUGAGAGCACAACUGGAGCAAUUACUUUUCAUCGUCCAAAAUCUGGAGAAGAUGUAGCUACAACCCUGCCAAUCUACCUUCCUCGUGAUGAUUCUGGGGGUCGUUGCCCCCACACAACCAUUCCUUGACCAGGAUCUAGUUAAUAGCUUGGUCAAUCAGGCUGUUUGUACUAGCAACACAGGCCAAUGUAAAUGCUGCAGCUUCAGCUUACAUUGUACCUGGUGUACUACAGUUGGAUGAAUCUUUCCUCUGUGAAUACCUGGAGUUUACCUGGAGAGAGUUCUGGGGGUCAACGCCCCCGCGGCCCGGUCUGUGACCAGGCCUCCUGGUGGAUCAGAGCCUGAUCAACCAGGCUGUUGCUGCUGGCUGCACACAAACCAACGUACAAGCCACAGCCCGGCUGAAUAUGUGUAUAUUUGUAAAUGAUUUUAUUAUAUACUGCACUUGACUAAAUAAAUAAAAUCAAGUUGCUGAAAUUCAUUUGAUUCAUUUCAUUUCUGAAUCAAGUUCAGUAGAAUCUCACAAAAAGCACAUUUGCAUAGUAAACUUUAUAUGCUAAUUUGUAAACAUCUAAACUUUUCUUAGCCACAUCUUCCAUUUUCCUAGGUAGUAGGUUGGUAGACAGCAACCGCCCAGAGAGGUACUACCAUCCUGCCAAGUGAAUGUACAACGAAAACCUGUAAUUGUUUUACAUGAUGGUAGGAUUGCUGGUGUCUUUUGUCUGUCUCAUAAACAUGCAAGAUUUCAGGUACGUCUUGCUACUUCUACUUACACUUAGGUCACACUACACAUACAUGUACAAGCAUAUAUAUACACACCCCUCUGGGUAUUCUUCUAUUUUCUUUCUAGUUCUUGUUCUUGUUUAUUUCCUCUUAUCUCCUUAGGGAAGUGGAACAGAAUUCUUCCUCCGUAAGCCAUGCGUGUUGUAAGAGGUGACUAAAAUGCCGGUAGCAAGAGGCUAGUAACCCCUUCUCCCGUAUAAAUUACUAAAUUUAAAAGAGAAACUUUCUUUUUUCUUUUUGGGCCACCCUGCCUUGGUGGGAUAUGGCCGGUGUGUUGAAAGAAAGAAAGAUCUUCCAUUUUCCACCAUGAUACAAUAUAAACGUGUAAAUGAAUGCUUUAGAAAAUUCCUGAAAAAACAGUGAAUAAUCCCAUGUCAUACCAGGGCAAUAAGGAUACAAAAUGUAUAGAUUAUUGAUGCAUAUGUUUCCAGAUGGGAAUCAAGAAAAUCAGUUAACUGAACUUGGAGGUAUAAAAGUACUGUAAUCUAUAUUCGCAAGGAUCUGUAGGAAUAUUCCUGACAAUAGGUUCAUUUGAAUUGUAAUCUCUGCUCAUUUCGUACAAAACAGGUAUUGAAUGAGUGAUGCUGAUCGUGUUUCCUCCUUUGGGUUGCCUUAUAUGAUGACAAAUGGAUGAUAUAAUAAAUUAAGUUUACAGAUUUCAACAACAAACCAGCCAUUUCUCACCAAGGCAGAUAUAUUUUACAAAUCUUAAUGAUGAAAAGUAACCAGUUGAUGUGCAGUGUUGACUUCUCACUGUAGAUGGUAGCUGGUAGACAACAAUUAUCCAGGAAGAUGCCAUUGUCAUCUCAUAUGAGUAUGCAACAUUGUUGGUAAACAGCAACCAUCCUGGGAGGUACUACCCUCCUGUCAUGUGUAUGAACCAUAGAAGGUUGGUAGACAACAACCAUCCUGGGAGGUACUACCCUCCUGUCAUGUGUAUGAAGCAUAGAAGGUUGGUAGACAACAACCAUCCAGGGAGGUACUACUCUCCUGUCAUGUGUAUGAACCAUAGAAGGUUGGUAGACAACAACCAUCCAGGGAGGUACUACCCUCCUGUCAUGUGUAUGAAGUAUAGAAGGUUGGUAGACAACAACCAUCCAGGGAGGUACUACCCUCCUGUCAUGUGUAUGAAGUAUAGAAGGUUGGUAGACAACAACCAUCCAGGGAGGUACUACCCUCCUGUCAUGUGUAUGAAGUAUAGAAGGUUGGUAGACAACAACCAUCCAGGGAGGUACUACCCUCCUGUCAUGUGUAUGAACCAUAGAAGGUUGGUAGACAACAACCAUCCAGGGAGGUACUACUCUCCUGUCAUGUGUAUGAACCAUAGAAGGUUGGUAGACAACAACCAUCCAGGGAGGUACUACCCUCCUGUCAUGUGUAUGAACCAUAGAAGGUUGGUAGACAACAACCAUCCAGGGAGGUACUACCCUCCUGUCAUGUGUAUGAACCAUAGAAGGUUGGUAGACAACAACCAUCCAGGGAGGUACUACCCUCCUGUCAUACCAGUG